GGCAGAAGUGACGCGUGCACAACAGCGUGGUCGCCACUCUAUUGGAGCAAAAAUGGGCUACCUGACAGUGAAUUUCGGGGAUAUAAAAUCGGUUGUAUACUAAAUGUGCGAUACGUGUGGUUAAUUAAUUUCUAAGACCUAGGAAAGUCCGGAAGGUGUACGUUCGUCUGAAAAGGUGUUCAGUGUGGUGUCAGUAAUUAAAAAUGAAAAUAGGUAUUCAUCCUCUGACAGCCGACCCAACUGCAGCGUGGCGCGAGCUGUCACAACAGCAAAAAGUCAUCAAGAUAAUCGCUAAUCUGCCGAAAACCCCAGCGCCAAGUAAUAAGCUUCGUGUCGUUUGCAUGAGUGAUACUCACUCUUUGACGCCUUUCAUCAAGUUUGACAUACCGGAGGGUGAUAUUUUCAUUCAUGCUGGAGACUUUACAAAGUGUGGAAGUCUAGAGGAGGUUAUAGAAUUCAACAAUUGGAUCGGAAGCCUUCCACACAAGCAUAAGCUAGUGAUAGCUGGGAAUCAUGAACUCAGCUUUGAUCCAACAUUUACCCACCCGUUUUCGGCACAUGCAUCAAGUGAUCGGCAUAAACAUACAGGAACCAGUGUGCUUGAUGAUAUCCCAACAUUAGGAAUGUCCAAGGAUGUUCUCGUAGACGCAAUAAAGACGAGGAACAUCAGGGACCAUUUAACGAAUUGCAUUUACUUGGAGGAUUCUGAAAUCGUGAUCAACGGGAUUAAAAUAUACGGUACUCCUUGGCAACCCGAGUUUUGUAAAUGGGCUUUCAACGUUCCUCGUGGAGAGCCAUGCUUGUCAAAAUGGCAGUUGAUCCCAACAGAUACAGACAUUCUUGUAACUCAUACGCCUCCUGUUGGUCAUGGAGAUUUGUGCUGCAGUGGAGUUCGAGCUGGAUGUGUGGAGCUAUUGACCACUGUACAAAAUCGAGUACAGCCUAAAUAUCAUGUUUUUGGCCAUGUGCACGAAGGUUACGGCAUUUCUUCAGAUGGAAAAAUAAUAUUCAUCAAUGCCUCAACAUGCGACUUGAACUAUCUGCCCAAUAAUCUUCCCAUAGUAUUUGAUAUAACUUUACCCCCAGGAGAAUCUAAGGCUUAAGUAUUGAAAAUUUCAUUAGGAAGAUCCACAAGAAGAGUACAUAUAAUCGUAUUGACUGUGAGAGCUCAAAAUUUGCCAGUGUAACUAUUUUAGGAUGGGCAAAUGCACAUUGAGUAGUUGCAAAUUAGACUUUCAGCCCGACAAUGUGGCAACUAAGA